AUGGAUGAUGACCGGCCCCUCUUCAGCACCUUCAAACCCAUCAGUGAGGACAACAUGGCCAGCGCCAAGCCGGGACCCAACACAACCCCGGUCCAGCCCCAGGGAGCAGAGCAGCGCCCGGGACACCAGGACACAGAGGGCAGGGUCCCACCAGGCUCCUGGCUGUCCCCACCAGGCUGGUCCCCGCUGGAGGGGGACCCACGGCCGGAGCUGGUGGCCCUGCGUGCCCGGACGAGGCUGUGGUUCGAGCAGACGCAAGCCAAGAGGCUGGAGGUCAAGGGCGAGCUCCCAGCUUGGUUCCACGGCUUCAUCAGCCGGAGGGAGACGGAGCAGCUGCUGCAGGAUCAGCCCCCGGGCUGCUUCCUCGUCCGCUUCAGCGAGAGCACCGUCGGCUUCGUCCUGUCCUACAGGGGCAGGGAUCGCUGCCGGCACUUUGUCCUGGACCAGCUGCCAGACGGGCGGUACGUGAUCCUGGGGGAGCGGAGCGCCCACACCGAGCUGGCCGACCUGCUGCGGCACUACACGGCCGCCCCCGUCACGCCGUACCACGAGUUCCUGACGGUGCCGCGCGGACGGCCGAAAAAGCGGCGCCCCCCCCCCGAGCUGGCCGCCCUGCUGCGGCACUACACGGCCGCCCCCGUCACGCCGUACCACGAGUUCCUGACGGUGCCGCGCGGACGGGAAGACGAGGCCCAGGGAGGGACGCGGACCCCAGCCAGCGGCGACGCUGCACGCUCCCCGUCGAGCGAAGCCCCAGCAAAGCUCCCGGCGUACGGCACCGUGACCAAGGGGCCGCUGGGAGCCAGGCAGGUGGCCGCGGCCCCCCCGCUGCCCACGGAGCCCAGCGCCAAGGCUCCCAGCGUCCCCCCGCCGCUCCCAGCCAAGGCCAGCUCCUCGGCCGUGGCUCAGGGGUCGCACAGCCCCGCCGGCGGCAGAGCAGCUCCCGAAGAUCCCUACGCUCAGGUGCGCCAAGAAGCCGUCCCCGCCGCGCCGCCCGUGCCGCCCCAGCCGGCCGAUGCCAAGUACCAGCAGCUGAUGUGCUUCCACACCUACGCCGAGCCCCACGAGGGCAUCGCACCCAGAGCCUCCACCUACUGCGAGCUGGAAGAGCCCAUCCCCUUCUACGCCGUGGGACGGGGCUCCAGCCCCAGCGCCGGCCCCGAGGAGAACAUCUACUCCGAGGUGGCGCUGGCCCGGCAGGACCUGCCCGCUCCGCUCCCCAGGGGAGCCCCAGGCGCCUUCUCCACGCUGCCUCCCAAAUCCCGUGCUCACCACCGGCUCUUCCGCAGCAUUUCCAGCCAGGCCUCCAAGAGGCGGCAGCUCCCGGUAGCUCCCACCGGAGACGGGAAGGAGAGAGGAGGCUGCGGCCCGGCCGCGGAGCUCUCCCUGCGGAUCGCCCAGAACCCUCCCCUGGAGUUCAACGAUCCCCUCUACGGCGGGAGGACGAGCACCGCAAAGCGAGCCGCGGCCACGCGGGCGGGCCCCGAGAACAUUUACGAGCAGCUUUCCGGAGACCAUCCCUAA